CUAUCAAAAUGGAGUCCAAAACAACUCCUUUUGACCAACUCAACAUUAUUCCUUUCAAAUAUAACAAAACAACACACUACUAUUUCACCUUAUAUUUACACACACUACUAUUUUUCACUUGCAUUGUCACAUUUGUUUCAACACAAUCUUGGGAUGGAAUUAUAGUCACAGAAUCGGAUUUUCAAGCACUACAAUCAUUCAAACAACAACUUAUUGACCCAAAUGGUUUCUUAAAAAGUUGGAAUGAUAGUGGCUAUGGAGCUUGUUCAGGAAGUUGGCAAGGCAUAAAAUGUGCUCAAGGUCAAGUCAUUGUUAUUCAACUUCCUUGGAGAGGUUUAAGUGGUCAAAUCACAACCAAAAUUGGUCAAUUUCAAGCUCUUAGAAAACUAAGUCUUCAUGACAACAGUAUUGGUGGUUCUAUUCCAAAAGAGUUAGGAUAUUUGCCAAAUCUUAGAGGACUUCAAUUAUUUAAUAAUAAAUUUACUGGCUCAAUUCCACCUUCAUUAGGGUCAUGCCCAUUACUUCAAACUAUAGAUUUAAGUAAUAACUUAUUAGUUGGUAAGAUACCAGAAACUCUUGCUAAUUGUUCAAAGUUAUAUAGAGUCAAUUUGACUUUUAAUUCUUUAUCUGGUUCUAUACCUGUAUCUAUCACAAAAUCAAAUUCCAUUAUUUUACUAGCUCUUCAAUACAAUAACUUUUCUGGGUAUCUUCCAGAUUCUUGGGGGAGUGGACAAAAUGGAGUAAAACCCAUGGUCAAAUCUUUGACUUUUGACCAUAAUUCUUUUUCUGGGACUUUGCCUGUUUCUUUAAGUAAGUUGAGUGAGCUUGAAGAGAUAUCAUUUAGUCAUAACCAAAUUAGUGGCAAUGUACCUAGUGAAUAUGGUGCACUUUUGAAGGUUAGAAGUAUAGAUUUGUCUUAUAAUUUUAUAAAUGGGAGUAUUCCGAAAAGUUUUUCGAAUUUGAGUUUGUUAAGUUUGUUGAAUUUGAGUCAUAAUAAUCUUACUGGUGAAAUACCAUCUUUCUUGGGUGAUAAACUUAACCUUACUUCAUUCAAUGUGUCUUACAACAAUCUUUCCGGAUUAGUCCCAACAAAACUUUCAUCGAAAUUCGACUCAAGUGCUUUUGUUGGUAAUCUUGAUUUGUGUGGAUAUAGUCCUUCAACCCAAUGUCCUACUUCUUUACCACCUUCCAUCAAUCCAUCUGAACCAUCAAGUCACAAUGGGAAAAACAAACUAAGCACCAAAGAAAUCAUCUUAAUUGCAGCAGGGGCUGUGAUAGCAGUUUUGCUAUUGAUUUGUUGCAUACUUCUUUGUUGUUUGGUCAAGAAAAGAGGAGGGGCUAAGAAACAAGAUCCUGAAGGGGCAGGGGGCCAGGGCGCGGGCGGGGGAAGUGGGGCCACUGCUGCAGGGAAAGGAGUGGCCCCACCAGAGGCCGAGGUGGCCGGAGAGGCGGGAGGGAAACUUGUACAUUUUGAAGGUACAAUGGGAUUUACAGCUGAUGAUUUGUUGUGUGCAACGGCUGAAAUAAUGGGGAAAAGUACUUAUGGGACGGUUUAUAAGGCGACAUUGGAAGAUGGUGAUCAAGUUGCUGUUAAAAGAUUGAGGGAAAAGAUUACAAAGAAUCAAAGAGAGUUUGAAAUUGAAGUGAAUUUGCUUGGGAAAAUUCGGCAUCCGAAUUUAUUGGCAAUGAGGGCUUAUUAUUUAGGACCAAAAGGAGAGAAACUUCUUGUUUUUGAUUACAUGCCUAAAGGAAGCCUUGCUACCUUUCUCCAUGCUCGAGGACCAGAAACACCGGUAGAUUGGCCAGCACGAAUGAAUAUAGCAAAAGGAAUGGCUAGAGGUUUACUUAGCCUCCACACCCAUCACAAUAUAAUCCAUGGAAAUCUAACAUCAAGCAAUGUUUUGCUGGACGAGAAUGUAAACCCCAAGAUUGCUGAUUACGGGCUAUCAAGACUCAUGACAGCUGCUGCAAAUUCAAACGUGAUUGCAACAGCGGGUGCACUUGGGUACCGGGCUCCCGAGCUUUCCAAGCUCAAGAAAGCUAAUACAAAAACCGACGUCUACAGUUUGGGUGUGAUAAUGUUAGAACUCUUAACUGGAAAGUCACCGGGAGAGGCGAUGAACGGUGUAGAUUUACCACAAUGGGUGGCUUCAAUAGUGAAAGAAGAAUGGACUAAUGAAGUAUUUGAUUUGGAGUUAAUGAAAGAUGCUUCUGCAAUUGGUGAUGAGUUGUUGAAUACUUUGAAACUUGCUUUGCAUUGUGUUGACCCAUCUCCAUCGGCUAGGCCCGAGGUUCAGUUGGUUCUUCAGCAGUUGGAAGAGAUUAGACCUGACAACGCCACGAGCUCAGGAGAUGAUGGGGGUGCUGGACCUUCAAUGAGCGAGUGAACGGAGGUCUUGAGGGGUUAGUAUGGAGAUUAUGAUUCUUUAAUUCUUGAGUUAAUGUUAAGGUCUAUUUCAUUGUAUAUAUAAGCUUGCAUUUAAGUUAGUUUGUUUAGUUUGUGUGACAUUCUUGAUUCAUUUUGUUCAAUGAAGUUAGAAAAUUUUGGUGCUA